CCGACGCGGAAACCGGGGCCCAUCCGCGCCGCUGUAGCCGGCGCGCAGCGCGCAUGCGCGGAGCACCCAGGAGGGCGGGGGCCGGUGUCUAGUGGUGAGUGAGCUGGCUGCUGGUGCUCGUCUGCCUCCUUCCCUCCCUGCUGCCGCUACUCGGGGACUAGCGGUCGCUGUGCAGCGUCCGCUCCCUCUCCCGUCUUGGGUCGCGCCGCGCCUAGUCCUGCCCCGCCAUGAAGUUGAGCAGCCGCGGCCGGGGAUGCUGCGUGGCCGGCAGCCGGGAGCGUGGGCCGCCGCCGCGGAGCCCCUUCGUGCACCAGCUGCGCCUCAGCCCCCUGGAUAAAGCCAAGAUUGCCUUCAUGACCCUGACUCUGUUUCCUAUCCGACUCUUUUUUGCUGCUUUUAUGAUGUUGCUGGCCUGGCCUUUUGCAUUCAUUGCUUCAAUGGGACCUGAUGAGCAAGUGCUUGAAAAGCCCCUCUCCUGGUGGCGAAAGGUAGUGGAUAUUUUGCUGAAAGCAAUCAUGAGAAUGAUGUGGCUUGCUGGUGGAUUCCACUGGAUAAGUGUAAAAGGCAGACGGGCAUUGCCAGGAGAAGCAGCAAUAUUAACUGUGGCUCCCCAUUCUUCCUACUUUGAUGCCAUUCCAGUAACUAUGACCUUCGCCUCCAUUGUGAUGAAAGCAGAAAGUAAAGAUAUUCCUGUUUGGGGAACUCUAAUCAGAUACAUCCGACCAGUGUUUGUAUCUCGGUCAGACCAGGAUUCUCGCAGGAAAACUGUUGAAGAAAUAAAGAGGCGUGCUCAGUCUGGUGGUAAAUGGCCACAGAUAAUGAUAUUCCCAGAGGGCACUUGCACAAACCGAUCCUGUCUAAUUACAUUCAAGCCUGGAGCGUUCAUUCCUGGAGUUCCGGUACAGCCAGUGGUUUUACGUUAUCCAAACAAACUGGAUACAAUCACAUGGACAUGGCAAGGGCCGGGAGCGUUAGAAAUUCUGUGGCUCACUUUGUGUCAGUUGCACAAUUCUGUGGAAAUUGAGUUUCUGCCUGUGUAUAUUCCUUCAGAAGAAGAAAGAAAAAAUCCAGUGUUGUAUGCCAAUAACGUCAGACGUGUAAUGGCAGAGGCGUUGGGAGUUUCAGUGACAGACUAUACAUUUGAAGACUGUCAGUUAGCUUUGGCUGAAGGACAACUUCGUCUGCCUUCGGACACGUGUCUUUUAGAAUUUGCAAAACUUGUAAGAAGCCUUGGGCUGAAGCCAGAAACACUUGAAGAUGAUCUUGAUAAAUAUGCUGCAAGUGCCAUGAAAAUGAAAAAAGAAAAGAUUGAUCUUAAAGAAUUUUCAGCAUACUUGGAAUUUCCAGUUUCACAGACACUAGAAAGUAUGUUUGCACUUUUUGAUGAGAAUGAAGAAGGCAUAAUUGACAUUCGGGAAUUUGUUAUUGCUCUGUCAGUUGUCUGCAAGCCAUCCAAAACUCUGGAAACAAUUCAGUUGGCAUUUCAGAUGUACCAGUCAGAAAAUGGAACUAUAACAGAAGAGGAUUUAGCCUAUAUUCUGAAGACUGCCAUGGGUGUGUCACAGAUUAAUGUUACGCAUCUUUUUAAAGCUGUAGAUGAAGAAGAAAAGGGAAAGAUUACUUAUGAUGACUUCUACAGAUUUGCUGAAUUGCACCCACACUUUGCAGAAGACUAUCUCUAUGCUGAUCAGAUGGGAGCUGAGAGUGGCUUGGAGACUUCAUCUCUUUCUGUUCCUAAUGGUAUCUGUACUGACUUCAGCCCUGAUAGCACUGAAGAUAGAAACAAGCCCCUGCAGAAGAAACUGAAUUAACACUACAGCUGUUCCCUUCCUCUCCUGGUGAGAGGAUUGUCUUUUCUUGGGAUUUUCAUAAGUCACUCCAGCUAUACAGCAAAUACCAGUUUUGUGUGUGAAAGUUCUUUAAUACCGUUCUUUGAUCAUAUGUGCUAUAUUUAACAACAUGUUCCAGGUUAUUUUGGGGAAGGUGUUUUUAUUUUUUUUUCCCAAAAAGGUCUUUGAAAGGCAAAAAUGUGAAUGUGCUUCAUUAUUAAUGUUCAUAUUUAAAAGGAAGCGGCACACUUAUUUAUAUUCCAUUGGCUAGUUUCAUGUACCAGGUGUCGCAGAGACUGUGCAUGUGUAAAGAAACUGUAGCUACUAUGGUGUUAAGUGCACUUUGGUGAUUAGUGUUUUCCCUAGUUAUGGGGAUGUUUAUCUGGGGCCAAACUUUGCUGUCCAUCUUUGCAUAGUCGGUCUUGUUGAUUUCAGUGGGAUUAUUCUCUUGAGCAAGGCAAGCAUAUUUUGGCCCUUUGUUUUGGUUCCAGUGAACAGUUUGGAAACAAUAAUGCAAAAACUUGCUAAGGAUUACUUUUAAUUUUUAUUGUUGAAUGACAAAAUUGUUUCUUUUUCAGUCUCUUCCACGGUAGGAUGAAAAGGAAAGGUUCCUUAUCCCACACCCCAACGCUUUUCUACUGUCAUCUUCCAUAUGCAAUUAAAUGUGAAUGUUUUCCAAACUGACAUGCCACAUACUGUUGGCAAAUACAUGACAAAACUGUUUGUGCUUUUCUCUUCUAAUCGGUUCCAGUCAUGCCCACCCAGCGUUUAAAUGGGAGGCAUUUACACAAUUGUAGUUACUCUCGAUUUAUCAGGAAUCGCAGGUUUCUUUUGUGGCAAGCCUGUAUACACAGAUAACUUGGCAUGGAAUGCAUUAUGGAAGCUUUGCUGUAUCAGCCCAAAUUUCAAAAGGUUGCAGUUACUUCAAAGGCAAAGCCAGCAACAAGUUUUAGAACAUUCUUAAGAAAUGCUAGUUAAAUCUCUAUAGAAACCUUCAUAUAUGUUAUAUGCAGUAUAUGAGCUUAAAAUGGUUUAGAACUGGUUAAACAAAAGUAAACGACAACAAAAACUAAACCCACUUAUAUUAGUAAUGUUUCUUAUCUUUCCUUCUGUAAAGCCAGAUGCCUUAAUUACCAACGGAGGUCUCAGAGAAAAAUUCAGAUUAUUAUAAAACCACAGAGCUUCGCUGAUUGGGAAAUGUGACAAAAGCCUCAAGGAGUGGGAAGGACUCUGUCACAGAAAUAACUCUUGAUGGCGACUCUACUUCCAAACAAACCAAAAAUACUUUCAGAUCAUUUCUCUGACUAAUUUUGUAGGGCUGCGCUAAAAUAUGAUGGCUUUGUGACUGGAAAACUGUUGAGAUUUGAAUCUUCCACGUUAGAGUCAUACAGAUUUGGAAGGGAGGAAUUUUAGCAGAAGGAAAUCUGUUUGUACCAAAUGCUUUUAUUACUAUUAUUUUUUACAUAGCAGGAGCUGUUUUAAAGCUCAUUAGGGUAUUGGAAUGUGUCCUUAGACAUUCCUAACUGUAUGUGGCAAGUCUCCAAACUGAAACUGGCUUUAAUAGAAAGGGUAUGAGGGAAAAAAACAUAGGAAAUUAUGCAUUCUCUGGGGUCUGUGGGUUCUCAUUUGGAGGUGAUAGUUUUUGAUUUAUCCAGGUAACACAUGCUGAGCUGACAGGGCUGCAGCAGACUGACAGACAAAAUUUGAGUUAAAACUGAUCAUGAGAAAUAGGAUAAGUGGCUUGGAAAAAUAAGGCAUAUAAGGAACUACACUUAGGUAGGAAUAGUCAACUGCACAAGCAGAGGAGGGAGUGGGUAUUACUGCAUAAAACAUCUUGGGGCAGGGAUGGUAUAGAGUAUGACAAACUGGGCACUGUUAGCUCAUGUUAACAUGUGAGAAGUGUGGUGGUAUUUCUGUUUUCAAGUUGUGGUAAGGCCUCAGAUGAAGUACCUGUCCAUGUUGGGGCACCUGAGAGAGAUGGGGAGUGGCUGGAUAGAUUCUGGAGGACAUAAAGUA